CGCCACACCACCACACAACACAGCACACAUCAUAACAGUACCCUCAAGCGCUAGCUGCGCCGCUAGCUAGCCAAAGUCCGGCAGGAUCGGCUACCUUACCUUCCUGGCCUCCGGCAGCCUUCCUUCUUCCUUCCCAUGGAGAAUCCGUACACGACCUUCCUGAAGAACUACCAUCAGCAGACCCACCGCCGGCCCCGCUACUAUAAUUGCCCCGCCACGCCGACACCAUCGCCGGCGCCUCCUCCCCCGCUCUCCGCGUACUCGAGCCUCUUCUUCCCCCCUCCGCCCGGACCGCCUCCUGCCGCCCCUGCCCCGCCCUCGCCUCCGCUGCGGGAAGCGCUGCCCCUCCUCUCCCUCGCCCCCGCCGCCUCGUCGCACGUGUCGCGAGAGCGGCGGCCCGGCCCGGACUCCGACGACGACGAGGCCGAUGAAGACGAGGCACCCGGCCCCACGAGCAGCAGCAGCAAUCAGCGGCGCGAAGGAGCACGGCGGCUCUUCGCGGACCUGAACUCGAAGGCCGCAGACGACGACGAUGACCCGAUGGACGUGGAGCGCGGCGGCUCCAUGGCGGCCGAGGGGCCGAACGUGACGGUGGCGCUGCGGAUCGGCCUGCCGAGCGCCGCCGCUGCCGACCUGAUCUCUGGGAUCUCCUCCUCGGCUGCUGCUGCCACGGCGUCGUCGCGGGAUGAAGAGGAGGAGGAGGAGGACGGCGGCGGCGUGGCGGCGGCGCUAGGAUUCGCGUCGGCGGCGAUCGGGCGGCUGAACAAGGGGCAGUACUGGAUCCCGACGCCGACGCAAAUCCUCAUCGGCCCCACGCAGUUCUCCUGCCCCGUCUGCUUCAAAACCUUCAACCGAUACAACAACAUGCAGAUGCACAUGUGGGGGCACGGGUCGCAGUACCGGAAGGGCCCGGAGUCGCUGCGAGGAAUCCAGCCGACGGCGAUGCUGCGUCUUCCUUGCUACUGCUGCGCGCCGGGCUGCCGGAACAACGUGGACCACCCGCGGGCCAAGCCGCUCAAGGACUUCCGGACGCUGCAGACGCACUACAAGCGCAAGCACGGGCUCAAGCCUUUCCUCUGCCGCAGGUGCGGCAAGGCCUUCGCCGUCAAGGGCGACUGGCGCACCCACGAGAAGAACUGCGGCAAGCUCUGGUACUGCCUCUGCGGCUCCGAGUUCAAGCACAAGCGCUCCCUCAAGGACCACGCGCGGGCCUUCGGCCGCGGCCACGGCGCGAUCGGCGGGGGAGGGCUCGACGACGACGAUGACUGCGGCGCCGUCUCUGACGUCGACCACGACGACGGCGCCGGCGUCUGACCGGAUAUUCCUUGCAGCGGUAGCCAUGGAUACGUACCGGAUGCAUGCCGGCCGGCGGGUGUUGGAGCUGUGCAAUGCAUGCACUGGCACUGCACGUACGUCCCCAAAACAUUAUAUGCAUUGUGUAUACAAGCAUGAGUUGCUCUUGAAUUUGGUUAAUGCCGCUUCUGUGUACGUGUUCUCCCGGCCAUCCCGUAGUUCGAAUGCAUUGUAUUUGCUAGGGUGAUCUCAACCGGUCGAUCAUGGAAAUGCAUGCAUGUGUGGAGAAUUUAUAUAUUGACGCCCUAAUUCGCUAGUUA